AUGGCUGAGCUCGUCCCUCCCAACGCGUGGGAUACGCACAUCCAUGUCUUUGACCCCGAUACCUUCCCCUAUGCUGUGCCGCGGUCGUACACCCCCAAGGCCGCCCAGAUGGCCGAGUACCCCACGGCCAUCACCGGCUGCCGGAACAUUGUCAUCGUGCACGCCUCCAUGCAAGGUGUCUCACCGGCCCCGUUGGUCGACACGCUAUCCAAGCAGCAGCAGAUGCCCGGAUACACUCUCCGGGGUCUGGCAACGAUUGACCCUUACACCAUCACCGACCAGGAACUCGACGCCUUACACGCCGCGGGCGUGCGUGGUGCCCGUCUGCAUGAGAUGGCCUGGGGCCACGGCAAGCAGAGUGGAGGCAGCGACAUCAUCAAGAAGGUGACGGCCCUGGCCGACCGGCUGGCCCGGUUGCAAUGGGCCAUUGGCAUCUUCUGCCCCAUCAGUGCCUGGGCUGCCAUGGCAGACACCAUCCGCAACCUGGAUCCUCGCAUCCAGAUGGUGGCGGAUCAUUUCGGGGGCACCUUCCCCGGAGAAGAGAACUCCCCCGAAUUCGCCACGUUCCUGGACCUGAUCCGGGAGAAGAGGGUCUGGGUGAAGGUGUCUGGCUUUGAGCGAUUGUACCACGGACACACGAGCGGGAUGCAGGCCAUCGAGCCGAUUGCCAAGGCCGUCAUUGCAGCAGGUCCCGAUCGGAUUGUCUUUGGCACGGACUGGCCGCAUACGCAACUGGGGGUGACGCGCAAAGGCAAGACGGACCAGCAGCGUCUGGAGGAGGUGGAGGGCUUCCGGGAGGUGGGCGAUGCCGAGCACAUCCGAACGUUGCGUGAAUGGAUCCCCAACGAGGAAACCUGGCAGAACCUGUGGGUCAACAAUCCGGCUCGGCUGUUUCAGUAG